CAUCCGGGGCUCAGCCCGCCUUCCUGGGGCUCCUAGGAGUUCCGUGAUGGGGGCCUGAGGACGGAAGUGACGUUUCUGUGGUUCCGGCCUGCGUCAGCCCAUGCCCGGCUCCGUCCGGACGUGUGAAGCGUUGCAUGGAGGGGCCAGCGGAGGAAGGGAUCGGGGGGAGCGGCCCCGCCGCGGCCCCAGAGACCCAGAGCGCGACGGAGGCUGGGGGCUUCAUCAGGGUCCCCAAGCGGAGCAAACGGAAGCGGCGGGCGGCCGAGCUGGAUGGGGGCGGCGGCGGCGGGAGCCGCAUGGACACGGGGCAGCCCUGGCCCAGCAAGAGGCCUCACUUCCCGCCCGUCUGCGGGGACGCGCUCAGGAGCGGAAAAGAUGAAAUGAGGAAAAUUCCUGUACCAGCAAACAGAUAUACUCCUUUGAAAGAAAACUGGAUGAAAAUAUUCACACCUAUUGUAGAACACCUGCAUCUUCAAAUCAGAUUUAACUUAAAAACAAGAAAUGUAGAAAUCAAGACUUGUAAAGAGACAAAAGACGUAAGUGCUCUAACGAAAGCAGCUGACUUUGUGAAAGCAUUUAUUCUUGGAUUUCAAGUUGAGGAUGCUCUUGCUCUCAUCAGGUUAGAUGACCUUUUUCUAGAAUCUUUUGAAGUUACAGAUGUCAAGCCUUUGAAAGGAGAUCACCUUUCUAGAGCAAUAGGAAGAAUAGCGGGAAAAGGUGGAAAAACCAAAUUCACUAUAGAAAAUGUAACCAGGACACGAAUAGUUCUUGCUGACUCGAAAAUUCAUAUUUUAGGAUCUUUUCAGAAUAUUAAGAUGGCACGAACAGCAAUUUGCAAUCUCAUUUUAGGAAGCCCUCCAUCAAAAGUCUAUGGCAAUAUUAGAGCUGUGGCAAGCAGAGCAGCUGAAAGAUUCUAAGACCCAGGACUCUAAUUUGGGACUCUGUAUCCAAUAUACAGAUAUUGUGGCUGGAGAUCUUAAUACACAGCUAAUGUGUAUAGAAAUAACACAAGUUCUGCAUGAAGCUUACAGGUGCUCAGCCUCCUUCAACUUGAUUGGGAAGUUUAGAAGAAAAUAGGGCUGCUUUUGCAGUCUGUUUUCAUUCAGGCAUAAUGUCUGAUCUUUUGACAAAAUAUUUAAGUAAUUUAACAAAACCCUUGUAUGUUCAUUAAAUAUUAAUGCUUUAUCACUAAUCAAAAGUAUGGUUAAUUUGAUUGUAUCUUUCACUUAAAGCAAGCAUACUGAUAACAGGACCGUUGGUUUCUGAAGAAAGUGACUGGUUAGGAAGCAUUGUAAACUCAUGCAUUCAGAUUUCUUAAAUUGUGUAAACUUAGUUCUUCGACCAGUGGCAACAGUCUGACUCACUUGAUUGUAUGUCACCUUUGGUGAUUUAUUUAUAAAAUUCCUAGAGGAGGGGGAAGCAGGGCCUGUACAUAUCUGAGCUGCAGACCAAAAUCUUGUCAUGAUACUUUGUAUAGUAUACAUCAGGAAUCUCAAAUCACCACAAGGGCCACAUGAGGACUAGUACAGUGGCCCAAGAGCUGCAUCACUGACACCCUGCCUCCACUCCACCCCUUCUAUGAGGCCCUGCCCUGUCUCUUCCCACCCCCCAUUCCAACCCUUUUCCCAAAUCCCUGCCCCGCCUCUUCUCCACCUCCUCCCCUGAGCAUGCAGCUCCCUGCUCCUGGAAAGAGCUAAGUGCUGCCAAACAGCUCUUUGGUGGUGGGAAGUGCCUGGAGGUAGGCAGAGGAGCAGGGAUGUGGCAUGCUGGGGGGGUGGCAGGUGAAAGCUUGGCAGCCUGCAGCAAAUGUGGCCUCUGUGUUUGAGACCCCUGGUAUACAUAUCACAGAACAUGAUAUAAGAUACUGUACAGAAAUGGUUAAUAGCUCAAGUGUUUAGUGUCCCUAGUUAUGUUUUGGAACAGGAAAAGUAGAGUUUUCCACAGACACAUCCCUUGCUGGAUAUUGUCAUCCACCUUGAGUCCAGUGGUUAGGCUUUCUUUGACUUAAGUCAUUACUCAAGAUGACAAUGGGCAGGGACAUUUUCUUUGUGAUGAAGAUGCACUCUCAGAUGGAAGUGUCAAGUACUUGAACAAAUUGAUGCAUUAAAAAGCAGGCACCAGGCCCACAUGGUAUAUAUCUGAGAUUUCUGAAGGAGCUUAGAUAUGAAAUGGCUGAGUUGUUCAUAAAUCUUAUUUAAAGAUGGUUACUUUCCAAGCUUCUGGAGUAAUAGCUAUGUUGUGCCUGUACUUAAAAAAAGCUCUGGCAAUAUGUGAGAAAUCAUAGACUAGUAAGUCUUCCAUAUGUACUUCACACAUUUUACUUGUAAUUAUCAUUUCAACUAAAUCUGCCAUCUGGAAAAUCAUGAGAUUAACCAGCAUGAUAUGUACAAAGGAAAAUAGCUUUUGAGAAGGUUCCUCAGAGGCUACUGACAAUAAGUUUCUCGUAAGGUGAAAGACAAAAUAGUGCCAUGGAUCCAAAAACUGUUUAGGAGAUGAUAAGUGACCAUUUAAUCUGUUUUUAUAGCAAAAGCACAACAGCUGCAAGGCCCGUGGUUCUCUAUGUACUUAUGUUUCCAAACAAUUAUUUAUACAGUGAACAUAAGUAGUGAAGAAGCAAAGUUUAGAUGUUAUUUAAAUUAGUCAGGACCAGAAGAAGUUGAGCCAUUUGACCAAGCUAGGUGAAAAUGUAAUGAUGGAUGAAGUUCAGUGUCAGUAAAUGCAAAGUAAUAUACAUUGCAGGGAAAACAAACUACUCAUGAACCUUCCAGAAUGCUAAACUAUCAAUGCAGGAAAGCAAUGCAGGUGAUGUAGACAUCUUAAUGAAGACACCAGUGUGCAGUUGCAGUCAAAGAAAAGGUGAUUUAAGGAAGAGGAUGGAAAAUACACCUGUACAAUAAAGAAUAUGGCAGAAUUGGGGUGUGUUUAGGGAAGAAUUAAAAUAAAGGGCACAGAAAAACUCAUGACUGAAUAGAAUGAGAUUGUUUACUUACCUUAAUUUGCCCCCUUUGGGUGAGUAAACAUGACAUCGCACCUUCAAUUACAUCACAAUUUUUUUUUUUUUCCACAGAACUCCUUCCUCAGUGCACAUGAUGAAUGGGUCUGAUUGAGCAGCUAUUCAAUAACUUGUUUCCUCACUGUUCACUGUAGGACCCCCAGCCUUAUUUACUGCAUCCUAUUCAAUCCUGGCUCCAAAGACAAUUUUGUCAUCAGCUUUUUGCUAUAGUAUUGAGUGCUUCACAAACAACUUAUUUUCACAACGGUGAGGGGGCUCUAUACCCAUAAUACAGAUUAAGGACUAAGGCAGCAAGAGUAGACCCUUCUGAUGAUUAAGUUUAGGAGCUUGGUUUAAGAUGUGGGGGGAAAUUCCAGCUACUACAAUAGAGGCAGUGGGGUAAAAUGGGGCACAGGUGGGCCCAGCAAUCUCCUGGGACUCACAACAGUGCAGGAAAGCUCCUCCUCACUGGGACCACCAGGACAUAUGUGGUAGUAAGCUUAAUUAUUGAAUUUCCUAACUUGAGUGCUUGGCUUUAACUCAUGUUUAAUACAAUUUUAAUUUUUUUUAAAGGCAGUAUAUUAACUCCUACACCAGGCCAUCAACAGGGUUGGAACCUUUAGAUAGAUCACCCACUCCUAGCUUUUCACCCCAGCCCAGUCCUUUCCUUCCCCCUGGCUUGACUCGUCCCUUCUGUAUUUGCAUAAGGUGGCUUCCUCUGCUACCCUACCUGGACACCAGUAGGGGCAUCACUGAGAGCAUUGGAUAGGGGGUUCCCUGUUACAUUCCUUAGCUCAGGGGUCAUGGAGGUUUUACAUGGGUUGCAAGUACAUGCAUGAAACAGAGCAUCUGCUAUAAAAUAUAUUUAAAUACCUUCUGCAGUUUUGGCUGUUGCUGCAACGGUGCUGCCUUCAGAGCUGGGUGCCUGGCCAGCAGCCAGCACUGUGCGGUCACUCAACUCUGAAGGCAGCGCAUGCUGCCAGCAUCACCACAGAAGUAAGAGUGGCAAUGGGGUGCUAGUCAGUCUACUGUGAAGUGAUAUUUGUAUGUUAAUACCACUUUUCACUGCCUCCCAGCUAGCGAGCAAUUCUGCUGUGAAAAGCGAUAGACAGUUUCUUCACAUACCUCCUGGUAUUAAGCAGUAAAUAUUUAAAAAUAUAACUUUUCUGCUAAUAAUUCAAUCUUUAAUUUAAAAGCUGUGAGAAAAGAUACAUUCAUUUUAAAUAGGGUUAUUAAUUUAGCAUUUAAAGUAGUGUUAAAUAUAAAAUAGUGGUUUAAUUUAGAUGGGGAGGUGUCAAAGGGGUCACCCAUACAAAAAGUUUGUGAACUACCCUAGUCCACAGCUGCCAAGCAAGUGGCUUCCCCCCUGCAGCCUAGUGUAGUCAGCAGUUGGAGCAGUGAAAUAGAGCAUGCUGGGUGCAGGUAAGAUUUUAGCUGCUUCACUCUGACCAUGUGAAAACAGAUUUUUCAGAGGCUUAGAACUUGGUCAAAUUUCAGUUCCAUUCUCAAGGUAUGGGGGGGUACAAGGGCUUCUCAAAGAAAUUCUAAAACCAUUUUAAAUAUGGGAGAAAUGUAUUUUUCCCUAACUUUGUUCUCAAAACCAGCAGAACCAUUUUGCACGAAACCUUCCAAAAUGAUUCCAUUGCAAUUUGCCAAACUUCAGCUGUUUGGGCUGAAAAGAUAUAAACAACAGAAGCUACAGUCUUAUAUGGGGAAGAUGUCAGGCAAACUUCAAACGUAGUGCUACCAGUAACAAUGAACCAGCCAAAUUCCUCCACUUUAAGCAUACUAAAUACUUUCCUAAUGUAAACAGGUCACUUGUUAUGAAGGGAGAUUUCUAUUAAAUGGAGCAUCCUAAAAAGACCCCACUUCCAUGUUCAAGUUUACACAUUUUAAAAUGGAAUUUCAGGCCUAUACCAUCCUUCUGAAUGCAAGGACAGCGCGAGAUAUGUACCUGCCUGAAUCUUGUACUAUUGAACCAGCUCAAUUUAAGUAAAGCAGUGAACCUAUCUACUGGACAAGGUUCUAGUUCAGUAAAUGCUGCUUGACGUGGUACGGAGCGUAUGCAGAGUUGCUGGUGCUCAGCACAUCAACAUCAAUACAGCAGCAGAUUUCCCCUCAAAAAUUUCAACUAGAGGGGCAGUUUUCAAUCAUAUGAAGCCUUCUGCUGGGGGUGUUAAUACGGCUGCAUGUUUAGAGAAAUGAACCGCUGUAACCUGUUGAAUAGUUUAGUAGCAUAUGUGUGCACCUCUGUAAAGGCACAUUCUUGCACUUCAGGCACCUGCUCCCAUUUAUCACGUGCCCAAAACACUACCAAACUUGUACUAAGGGUUCCCCCCUCUACUAAUAGUUAAAAUAUCUAGGUGAGUUGUGAUUUAAAGUUAGUCGGAAGAUUGGCUUGUGUUGUCAAACUUCAUCCCAAUCCUGUCUGUCCUGGAACUUUGUCUUGUAUAUGCAUUAGUACCGGUACUGCUUUUUUGCGAAGGGCUCAGACAUCUUUGCCCCAAACUAAUGAGGGCUAGUUAAAUGGGAAGAAAGCAUUAUGAUAGACUAAUUUAGUCCUGCCAUUUUACACACCAACUUUGAGAGCAGCAGAAAGAAUAGCUACGUUGCACAGGAGUUUUCCUGAGGUAACUGUGCACUGAAUGGAAGCUACUGUAAAGCUAGCAUUGGGUGCUACACUGAAGGACAAAACGCUCCUCCUCCCCCCACACUGGGCUAGCCAAGUGGGACAUCAAAAGCAAUGAAAUAAACAGGCUUUGGUUGAAAUAAAAGGGCUUCCAGACUAGGAGUGUUUUUCAGUACUUAGAAACCAGACAAUUGUGUUUUCCCUCUGCUUUCUUCAGAGGAUAGUGCACCUGCCUCCGAGGACAAAGAUCAUUCCAAAAUGCCUGUCAUCCUUGCAUUUAAGUUAGAGCUUCCUUUUACCGCCAAAAAACGUUUGAGCUAGUUGAGCUGUCUCCAUGACGGCAGGUGGGUCCUAUGAGACAGAGUUCUGUGUGGCUCGAAAGCUUCUCUCUCCCCAACAGAAGUUGGUCCAAUAAAAGAUGUCACCUCACCCACCUUGUCUCUCUCAUGUCCUCUGGAUUGGCAGAUGAGCAUAUAGGAGAAAAAUAACCUUUAUAAAAUCAUGUGCCCCAGUAACAAAGAGAAGGUGGCUCUGAAACACUGCAAAUGGGAGACUGGCAAUGUCCCCACUAACAGCUGGCAUCUUCUAAUGCACACAACUUUCAAUAGGAAUUUUAUAGCGCGGAGUACCCAAUUUCUUUAAACUAACAGAAACUAUGGAAUUAGUUCUGCAACAUUCAUUUUUAAAAGUGUAAAGUAAAGCUGCCUGACAUGAAGCUCAACAGAAACAUUUAGGACCCGAUGGCAAGGUUCAAAUAUUUUAUUUUUUUAUUCAUAUAGUAUGAAGGUUCUAUAGUUCCCACAACAUAUGAUGUAGCAUGCAGAGGAAAAACUAAACAUUCAACAUAAAUCGUUUUCCCCACACAAACUAAAAAAAACCCCUUAUCCCCCCGAUAAGGAAAUAACAACAGCACUAUUUGCUAGAACGCCAGCC